AUGCCUGUCACGAGAAAACGCAAGGCCGUCAGCCCCGACACGGCCAAACAAAGCACCAUCGCCAGCCAAAAGACCAUCAAUACCUAUGGACGCGUCACCAAGAGCCAGAAAGCAGACCAGAGUGCAAAGAAGCGCAAGAUAUUGGAUACAGUCACCAUUGAUACGUUAUCAUCAUCAUUACCGAACGGCACACCCGAGGAGAGAAGCACGCGACAGAAAGAGCAGGAUGGAGAAUUGAAGACGACACAAUCCAAGAAGCGGUCAAGGGAGACAGAAGAAGAGGAAGUCACGACACCGCAGAACAAGAGGUUCAGGAACGCUUUACCACCAACGCCUGCAGAGACGCCGUCCAAAAGUGCUUCCAAGUUGUUUGAGCGUUUGAUUCUCGACCACGCCGCUCCUGCCUCGACCAACUCAGCACAAGAGACUGUCUACGACACACCUCCGCUCACUCCACGCGCCUUCAAGACUCUCGGAUCAUCAUUACCGACCACCGAACUGCCUAGCCAACUACAAGACCUGACACGACUGUUCACAGCAUUCCUCACAAGCACAUCAUUAUACUGUGCCCACAAUGGCCUCGGCACCCCAAUGUACAUCACUAACUUAUUACCACACGUCACGAGGAGUUGGAGGACAAGAGCCGUCACCGAGGCCGACAUGUACACAAUCCUUGGAAUCCUUGGAGAGAACAACACAUUCGAGUUGGCCGACAACGGCGAAGGAAGUCUCUGCAUCGAGCUGCUCGAAACAAACUACUCUACAACCGGCCACUUCAACCAGCCCGAGUUGAUUGAACAGUUCCACAACCGCCUGUCCGCACUCUGGAACCAAUGGACAUCCUCAUCACCAUCAGCCCGCUCAAACAUUCAAGCCUUCCUCUCCCAACUCCCCACCGUCAACAUCAUCACCAGCCAAGUCGCUCCCAGCAAUCCCACCCACCUCACCAAAGGCUCCCAGCGCCUCCAAGACAUCAAAGCCACUGCCCUCGCCGCCCGCGCUGCCCAAGCCUCCGCCCGCAAGCCCCUCGUCGCACCCUCUGCCAAGUCUGACGCUGCAGUCGCCAGCCGUGGUGCCAACCUCCUCGACCGCAUCCUCGCCAAGCAAGCCGCCAAUGCCAACAAAGCCGCCGCACCAGACUCUGCCCACCUCGCUCGUCUUUCUGCCAUCGACCGCAUAUCUGAUAUCGUCGAGGUGCUGGAUGUGCUGUCCAAUGGCCGUGCGCGAGCAAGUUUCUCGACAAGAGUACUGCUUUCGCAUCUGCAAAAUUCGCUGAGGAAUCCCAUUUCUGCCGAGGAGGGAGAGAAGUGUUUGAGCAUCAUGGCGCGAGAAGUUGCAAGGAACUUUGUCAAGAUCAUCAGGGCGGGAAGUGUGGAUGCUGUUGUUAUUACCAGGGGUGGUAAGCCCAGACCUGACGAGUUGAGAGCUGCACUCGAGGUGGCUAGGAAUGCUUGA